GUUUAGUUUUGCACUAUUUCCUGACAAAAAGCCUAAUCCAAUGGACGAUGAUAAAGUACCACUUGAAUGAGAGUCGAGUACUGUUUAUUUUAGUGAGAGAAGCUCCUGCUUCUCUCAUACCCAGGCUCUCCCUUCUCUGUAGCAACCUUUUUUUCCCCAAAUUUUCCUCACCCAUGUGGUGAUUCCUCAUCCUCUGUGGUGAUUCCUCACCCAAGUGGUGUUUUGAUUUCCUUGUUUUCCUCUUCUUUUGCAUCUGAUUUUGUCCUCACUGUUUCAAAUAUGCUUUUAGAUCUUAGAUAUGAAUCUCUAAGAUUUAUUCUCAGUUUUGUUCUCAUGGUCAUUCUCAGUUUUUGUUCUGCCUUUGCUCCUCAAGAUGUCCAAACCGUGAACAGAUCUCCUUCUUCUUGUCUACCUUGCUCUGCCAUGGAAGAGUUCCACCUCCUCUGCAACCACCUCUUCAGAUCUCAGCUUUCUUUGCUAAGAUCUAUCUUGGUUUGGUUGUUGUUAUCCUUUUAUGCGAGAUCUUCUCGUAAUCGGUCAAUUGGAGAAUGUACGGAGGCUCUGUCCUCCUCAUCUCUGCCGACCACCCUUGGUUACCAUCCCUUGCUCAUGACUUCCGUCGGAGCUCCGGAGUCGAAUCUGCUAUGGUGGCUGCAAGUUGGAGAUGAAGAAGAAGCUUUGAUUAAGAUUUGGGUUUUUUGGGCUGCUUUGGCCUUUUUGUUUUCGGCUGUUUUCUUUCUUGUAUGUUGAUUUCUAUGGUCUUGCUUGUUCUGGCAAAUGACCAUCUGGAUCAUGCUUUGCAGACUUUGUCUGUAUUCAGGGGCGGAAUUACUGUUCGGCCUGACGGGGUCCAGACCCCCCCCCCCCCCAAGCCUUUUCACACACAUACAUAUUUAUAUAUUAGUUAUUAAUUAAAGCAUAUACAUUCAUAAUUAAAUUGCUACUAAACCCUAUAAUUACAUUCUUAAUUAUAUUUGUAAUGUACUCAACCCCCCAACCGACGUGGUCAUCAGUUUUUUUAUAGUUACAAAAAGGUAAUAAUAGUAAUCAUUUCAUAAAGAAUUAAUAUAAUAAGAAAACAAAAUCAAAAUAUUCCCCAAGUCAUUAACUAGGUUUUUUAUGGCUUCUCUAUAUUAAUUGGAAUCAAUUGGUAUCUCUUUCUUUCAAAUUAUCAAUUUGCAGAAAGUAAUAGAAGUAUUGUAUAAUUUCAUCAUUCAUAGUGUUUCGCGAUACUCUUUUUUUGUUUUUUGUUUUUUUUUGCAGUAAUAUGAUUCUCUUUCUUACUUAUCUAUAUUUAUUUAUUAUUUCAUUGAUCAAAUCUUCAAUUAAGUCCUUGUACCAUUUUAAUUUUUCAAUUCUCUUUUAUGCUUUAUUUGAUUAUAGUUGUUGUUUAUAUACAAUUUAUUUAUUUAUUUUUUUUGGUUACAAAUAUACAAUUUUUUUUAUUGUUAUACUGUGAUUUUUUUACUUUCAAAUUAUGUUAUAAUAAUUUGGUUGUAAUACAUUUUGGACCCCCCUAAAAGUUAAAUCCUGGUUCCGCCACUGUCUGUAUUGAGUUGUGUCCCUUGUAAUGUUGUUUGGCUUUGAGCCUUGUUAAUUGAUGCUAGCUUUCGACCAAAAAAAUAAUAAUAAGAGGACGAUGAUAAUGAUAAUUAUUAUUUGGUACGGAUUGGACAUAUGCCACCCACUCUCUUUCACUACAUCCGAUCUUAUCAUCAAUAUUAUACUCUCCAAAAACCAAAGCUUCGCAUUUUGCACCUCAUUUGAAUCGAAGCUUGGGUUUUUCUUAUGGAGAUGCAGAUGGAGCUCCAGCCACAACCACACGUACUACUGUUGCCCUUCCCAGCACAAGGCCACAUCAAGCCCAUGCUAGCCUUGGCACAGCUACUCUGCCACUCCGGUAUCCACGUCACCUUCCUCAACACUGAGCACAACCACCGCCAACUCACCCAACGCCAAGCUCUCUCCGGCCGAUUCCCUACUCUCCACUUCCACUCCAUCUCCGACGGCCUCCCUUCCGAUCAUCCACGCUCCGUUUACUCUAAUUACAUGGACAUAAUCACGUCCUUGAGGUCCAAAAUGGCGCCGCUCCUGCAUCAACUCUUGGUCUCCCUCAUGAGCAAAAACGACGUCGACGACCCCGUAGCUCAGCUGCCUCCUUUGGGUUGUGUGAUAACGGACGGGAUCAUGUCUUUCGCAAUUGAUGUGGCAGAGGAGCUGCGAAUUCCCGUCAUUGCCCUCCGCUUCAUCAGCGCUGCAAGCUUCUUGUGUAACUUAUGCAUCCCCAAGCUUAUUGAAGAAGCUCAACUGCCUUUUGGAGAUGAAGACAUGGAUACGAUUGUGAGCCGCAUUCCCGAGAUGGAAGGCCUUUUGCGACGGAGAGAUCUACCUGGUUUUUGUAGAGUACCAACCGACCACCCGAUGCUCCAGUUUUUCAUGGAAGAGACCAUAGCCAUGACUUGAGCUUCUAGUCUCAUACUCAACACCUUCGAUGAC